CUAGAAGCAGACCACACGAAGCUAAGAGGCAAAACAAAACUACUCAGCAGCAGAACAUCGAGAGUUACGCAUCACACACUGACUGCCUGAGCAAACACCAUGGAAGACAACAAGAAUGAACUGCUCGCUCUGGUUGCAUUAAAUGAACAAGAACCAGAGGAACAGGACCUGGAGAAAGAUGAAGUAAAUCUUCGGAUUGUCCUCGUUGGGAAAACUGGAGUUGGAAAGAGUGCAACAGGAAAUACCAUCUUAAGAAGAAAAGCUUUUGAAUCAAAGAUGGCUUUUAAGUCUCUGACAUCAGAGUGUCAGAAAGCAACAGGAGAAUUUGAAGGUCAAACGCUGGCUGUAGUUGAUACUCCAGGUCUGUAUGACACCAGGAUGUCUAAAGAUGCAGUGAGGAGAGAGAUAGUAAAAUGCAUCUCCUUUGCUGCUCCUGGUCCUCAUGUGUUCCUGGUUGUAAUCCAGCCAAACAGAUUCACUGAAGAAGAACAAAAAACAGUGAAAAUUCUUCAGGAGAUGUUUGGAAAGGAGGCAGCCUGUUACACUAUGACCUUGUUCACCCAUGGAGAUGAUCUGGAAGAAGGAGUUUCCAUGGAUGAAUUAAUUGGUCAGAGUACAGAUGUCCGUGACUUCAUCCGUCUGUGUCAUGGAGGAUAUCAUGUUUUUAACAACAGAUCUGAUGAUCCCUCUCAGGUCAGAGAGCUGCUGGAGAAGAUCAAUGAAAUGGUUCAGAGGAAUGGAGGAAGCUGCUUCACUAACGAAAUGUUCAAAGAGGCUAAAAGAGCCAUACUAGAAGAGCUGAGACGACUUCUUCAUGAGAAUGUGAAGAUGAAGUUUGAAGAAGCACGAAGUCAGGCAGAGAGAAACAACAGGUUCUUACGCGCUCUGUUAGAGAGUGCUACAACUACUGCUGGAGCUGCUGUUGGAUUUGCUGUAGGAGCUACCUUAGGAAGUCUGGGAGGUCCAAUUGGAGCUGGAGUGGGAGGAGCAGUGGGAGCUGCAGCCGGGGCUAUAGCCGCUGCAGUGAAAAUGAAGGCGUGCCAAAUACAGUGACAUCCAGUGCUUGUGAUCACUGAUGCGCAAUAUAAUCAAAUUAAAGUGCAUGAAAAUAAUCUCAGUAAGCAUUUAUUAAUUCUGAUACUGAUAAAUCAUACUUAGCAUUUCAUGGGCUUUUCACUGAAUGUAUUAUCUUUACUAAUAGCUGUUUGUUUAUGUUAGACUAUUAGCUUCUUGCAUUCACUGUUUGUGAUUAAUUUGAUGUAAUAUUUUCAAAUAUUCUCUGACUGCUUGUGGCAGGAAACACAUUUAAUGAAGUUUCUUUUCCUGUUCUGUCAAAAGAGGAGCGACAGGUUAUUGUGGUGAUUAGAUAUUCAAUGUAAAAGGCAAAACAAUGAGA